GAUCCGCGUUUUUUUAAUGGAAAACAGAUAACACCAAGACACAAAAUAAUCCUUCGGGAAUGCUGGGUGAAACGUGUGAUAUUUAUUACAAGGGUUUAUGACAUGAUCGACUUUCUUCCAAGCUUUACAUUUCAUGUCGCUUCAGUUUUAUGAUGCCCAGAAACCAGGAAUGCAGCUUAUUCAUAUAGCUUUAGUUUCUCCUGACGAGAAAUAAAAACAAAGUCAAAUCGAACUUGGACGACACCUUAAGUAAUUGCAUCGCUGUCACGAUGUUGUUUAACUAUAUAUUUUACUGAAAAACUACAAAGGAAGAUAUUCUUUUUUUGUAAGGUAUUGCUAACUGCGUAAAUCAUCUCAGGGAUGAACUUCUUAUACCGGAGUGGUAUAAAUGAUACUCUCUUCUGGAAUAUAUACAUAUAGCACUGGAGAAAUUGCCUAGUCUAUUUUGAACUAAGCCUCUUUCAUCGCGAAAUCCUGGGAAGUCAUUUGAAAGUUAGAGGUAGUGAUUAGAUACCUCAAGUUCUAAGUGAAAAGGCAAAUGGCAAGUAAAGAAAGUGCAAUCUGGUCAUUUCGAGUCGACAAGACUUUAUAAAGCUUUAGUCUGGAUUCAGGCUCUGGUACGGAGUUGCUUUGUUGUGUUGACUUCAUGGGCAAAAUACCUUUCUUUCGGAUGUAACAGCGUUUCUAUCUAACUUGUGGUUUAAAAAAACCAGUUAAAGGAAGUGUACACCAACGAUAUUUACCACAAGACGAAAGUAUACAAAUCGGAUAAGCAAUUUGCAUGGUUGUAAACUUUCCAUUUCACGGCUAUUGAGAUGCUCAAAGACAAGUCAAAGGUCGACGUGAUAUAUGCUCAUCGUUCGUUUAUUCAAAUGUUCAAUGUCAGCUAUACGCUCAUGACCUUUAAAGGAUACAAAUCGUUUCCUUCAAAUACUAUCUCCACCUUAUUUUCAGUGCGUGAUUCGCACAGUUGAAAUUUAAUAGCCGUAAAUGACAGAGGGCUAGUGGGAAAUUUGUAGUCACGUGAUAAUUUUCUCGUUAGCGGAAAGAACAAACGUUGCACCUGAGAAGAUGAAUCGGAACGUCGUGUAUUCAACAAACAGAAGAAGCACCUAGGGUCGAAACUAUGGGGCAUGAAGUUAUAAGCUGACCUGAGCGCUUAAAGAAAUUGUUAUUGACUGAAACAUUUCAAGGAUCACUUGCUGAUUGGUGAGGUAGUAAUUCGAUAAGAAUUCUAUUAGAGAAUCAACCAUGCCAGUUCAUUGUCACUUGUAAUACUUUUAAAAGACAAUUGUUUCUUUAAUUUAACUGAAAAGUAUAAACCGUGCUUGUUUCCUCUACUAAUGAUCUUCUUUCUGGCAAUCACUGUGAAAGCUAAACAAAACCAAACGUUAUUCACAGAACAUUUAUUACUCACGACAAACACAAAAAUCUUUCAGUCAUCAUGUAACAUUAAAAGGACUAAUGUCAACGCUUGAAUGGAACGCUCCUGUUUCCACUCCCGCACAAUUAGAGCUCAAGGAAUCAUUUAUAUCGGGGUUAAUUCAUUCUUUUGAACGCUUGAGAAGUUGUGAAUAGAAAAGGUUUGGCGGCCAUUAUGAUAGGGCGCUUACACCUGUUGUCGCAAUUAACACCGUGAAAUGUUUACAUAUUUUGCAUCGAUUGUCCUUGACUGGUGUUCGGGAGGGGUUAACACCACAAGAUCCACUAUAUCCCGUGAAGUGUGGACCAUUUAUAACACGGUGAAACGUCAAAAAUAUAAAUAUUCUUCACAUAAAGGCAUGUUCUUCGAUGAGAUACGGGCAUCAUUUAACAUUAGCCAGGGAAACUGGCUCAGACCAGAAAUUUCCCAAACCAGCUUAGACAAUUAUGCAAUUUAUUGUUUUGAGUGGUUUCGGUAGAGCAAUCAUGGCCUUAUCCUCCGCCCCCCGCCCCCGGAAAAUGACCUGUCAUAAUCUUUUCAUUACUUAUGUUUAUGUAAGAAGUGCUUAUCUGAUUUCUCGUCAGCUUCCUCAAAAAGGUGAAUUAAGCGAUUUUAAGUUGCCGACUCCGGGUGUGUUUCUUAAAUUGUGUUUCGUUGUUCCUCUACAUAUGUUCGUGUGCGAUUCUUUUUUUCCACUCAUGCAGCUCACCCCAGACGAAGAACAAAGACGCAAGCUUCGACGAGAACGAAACAAGGUGGCCGCCUCGAAAUGUCGGAUGAAGAGGAAAGAACAUGUAAACACAUUGAGAAAGGCCGCGGAGGAGCUGGAAACCGCCAAUAGCCAGCUGGAAUCCGAGAUUGCUUACCUCACUGCAGAGCGUGAACAACUAGAGAUGAUGCUCGACGCGCAUGUCUGUAAUAUGGACAAAGCCGCUGGACGAGGUCCUGCCUGAACAUGGCAAAAAGCUAGGAGUGCCAAUGCUACCUUGUAAAAGAUGAGCUAAAUGAUACAAAUGACUUUAUUUGACAAAAGCAAAGGACCUCCCUUUCAUCGAGUAAUUGACUUGACUUCGCUUUAAGAUUUCAAGUGCCUCUGCGGAUAAAGACGUUUUCAAGCAUCCUGUGUUUUUAUAAUGAAAUCCAUUGCCAACUGAAGAGAAGUGAUGCCCUCCGCCCUUUUUAAGUUAUUACGAAAAAGACAUUAUGUUUAUAAGUAGUUAGAGAGGUUUUCAACUGAGCGUCGUAAAAUCCAAAACCAAAUUACUUACUCCUAGUGGCCAAUCAAAAACGACCAGGAAAAUGCAUUAAACAAAUCAAAACUCGACACGGAGUCACGUAGCUGACGCGAA